AUGCCAGUUUAUUCGCAAUUCGCAGCGACUCUUGCACGUCAAGGUCCGAAAACCAUCACUCACGGUUACGCGCAGUCCUUCGUCGCCGCCACUCAUCCCCAACUCUACGCUACCUCCAACCGUCCCGGCUUCGGUCUUCGUCGUCACCCCAGCAAAGCCGGAUAUUUCGUCCCAUACACCUUUCAAAAUGCUUUCCACACCAGCUCAAAGCUGUCGACUGCUACCCAAGUCGUGCGUCACGAGAAGCGCGAUGGAGGUCUAGAUGCAUACUUCGAGGCUUGGAGGAAGCACCAUGUCCCUGGUGAGCCCGAGAAGGAGUGGGCUCAAUUUCAGUUCCCCAAGCUCAUCGAGUGGAAACCACUGAUCGAGGUUGAUGGAGAGGGUCGAAGCAAUGUUCAGACGGAUGCCGUUGCAGAGGCCCCGCAGACUGUCGAGAGAUCGUACAGUGCCAGCGCGGUGGAUGACUACAACAAGUUGGCCGCCGAAGAGGAGGCUGCCCUGGCUAAGAUCGAUGCUGCGAUUGAGAAGGAGAUCAAGUCGCGCAAUGACCAGGCCAUCUUUGAGGCCGAGUUGAGCGUUGUCGCCACUCGGGUGCCUACACCACCACGAACCUCGUCUCCCGCUCUCUCCUCCAACGAGUCUCUUAGAUCCCCUAGCACCUCGGUGACCACCCUCAGCACCGCUUCCGAGCUCCAAUCCCAGAGCUAUGCAGAGCACCUCUCGAAGCUGUCCAAGGAUCGACGAUACAAUGAAAUCCCAGCAGUCUUUGAGGCGAUGCUCGUGGCCAACAUCCAACCUAAUGCUACAGCCUACAAUGCACUCCUCGAUGCGGCUGCCCAUCUCCCAGCUGAGAGAAUCCAAGUCGUACCGAAGGCCCUUGAUGUCUAUUCUGACAUGCUUCGACGCAAGGUCCUCCCCAACACGGCCACCUACAACAAUCUGAUCAACCUGAUCUCUUGCCGGUCUAUCGAGGUUUCUUCGCUGAGACAGUCUCUGGAAGAGAAGCGUGCUCGUUUCGGUGGUAUGGAGGAGGCUGGCAAGUUCAUGUUCGCUUCUAGCGAAUUUGAGUUUGCCAUUCUCGCCGAGGACGAUCGCCUAGAUCUUGCCGUGCGCAUGUUUGAGGCUUCCAUCACCCUACGCACCGAUCGAUCGUACCCAGCCGAGACGUACCACAACCUAAUCACGGCAUGCUCAGAGGUCGGUAAGAUUCCAGAGAUGAUCAGAUUUUACCAGCAUAUGGAAGCAAGCAAGGUUACCCCACUCGCUGGCACUUUUGCGCCUAUGAUUCAAGGAUUCACCCAAGUUGGCGAUCUGCGCAGCGCAGUUGAGUGUUAUGACGAGUACAAGCAGCUCGCCAUCAAGAACGACGAAGGUGAGAUCGAUCUUAGUGACAGACAGGACGCUCAAGUCUACGCCGCACUUGUCAAGGCAUACGUCAAGUCCGACAGAAUGGAGGGAGCUGUCCAAUUCUACCACCGUAUCCUCGAGGCCUACCCCGAUAAGGUCACUGAGUUUGGAGAUUGCGUCAUCAACGAAGGUCUCGUUCAAGGUUUAUUGGACAAGGGACUCUUCUCAGAGGCAUUUGGCUGGGCUGAAGCUCUCAGUGGAUCUACGAAGAACCAUGCCAUGGGCAAGAUUGCCAGUGCGGCAGCUGACCAGGGUGACAGAGCUGUUGCGGUAGCUGCCUUUUCCCAGAUCACUGUGAACACAGCUACUCCAAUUAUGGCCAUGUUGGCCCUCAGCAUCCGCCAGGGUGAUGUCGCAUCAGCUCAGAGAUACUGGCAAUACUUGUCGGCCUCCGACAUGCGUGUCACAUCGAGCUUCAUUGAGCCCGCUGCCAUGUAUGCUGUUGCAAUGAUUGGAUCUGGCCAGGUGCUUGAAGGGCUCGUACAAUCCGAGCAGAUGUUCAGCCGAAUCCGCUCCUCGGUCGAGCCCACACAGCAUCUCCACGAUGAGAUUGAAGAGGGCGUGGAAUUUGUCAAUAGAUUCAUGUCAACUCACGGUAUCAUGGAUCCUCGCCUCAUCGAGGCAACUGUCUACCAACAGCUCCCACCGUUUGUACCAGCAUACGAGGAUACGUUUGACCCUUACUCUGCUUCGACCGACUUCAAGGGCUCUGCUCUGAUCGCUGAUGAGCUUGAGAAGAGUACCAACGGUCGCGGUAAGGCUUCCCGUCUCAAUGAGGCUCUCGGUCGUUUCAGAAACAUCCGCCGUGCUGGGCGCCACCCCCGCUACAUCACCUACGCCAAGCUCAUCUCUGCCGCUGCCAGAGAGGAACGCAUGAACCUCGUUCUCGACGUCCUUGGUAUGGCUAGAUCCGAUGUCCCGCUUCUUCUGCAAUAUCCCGUCGUGCGCUAUGGCUGGGUCUCGAUUCUCGAUGCUAUGGUUGGAGCUUGCCUGACUCUCGGCAACCGCACUCUCGCUGCCCAGCACCACCAGGAGCUCCUUGACAUGGGCGCUGCACCAUCCGCCAAUACUUUCGGCCUGUAUAUCACCACAAUGAAGGAGUCGACCAAGACCUUCGAUGAGGCCACUGAGGCCGUCAAGAUCUUCCACCGUGCCCAGUCUGAGGGUGUCGAGCCAUCUUCUUUCCUGUACAACGCUCUCAUCGGCAAACUCGGAAAGGCUCGACGUAUCGAUGACUGCCUCUUCUACUUUGCUGAGAUGCGCGCUCUUGGUAUCCGACCUACCAGCGUCACCUACGGCACGAUCGUUAACGCUCUCUGCCGUGUCAGCGACGAGAAAUUUGCCGAGGAGUUGUUCGACGAAAUGGAGUCGAUGCCAAACUACAGGGCUCGGCCUGCACCCUAUAACAGCUUGAUGCAGUUCUUCUUGACCACCAAGCGUGACAAGAGCAAGGUUCUGGCAUAUUACGAGCGCAUGAAGAGUAAGGGGAUCCAACCAACCAACCACACCUACAAGCUUCUCGUCGACACGCACGCCACUCUUGAGCCAGUCAAUAUGCCUGCUGCUGAAGCUGUCCUCGACGUCAUCCGAAGCACUGGUCAACGCCCCGAGGCUGUUCAUUACUCGUCCUUGAUCCACGCCAAGGGAUGUGUCUUGCACGACAUGGAGGGAGCCAAGGCUGUCUUUGAUUCAGUUAUGUCCGACUCCUCCGUGCGUCCCCAGGCCUGUCUCUACCAAGCACUUUUCGAGUCUAUGGUUGCCAACCACCGAGUGGUCGAUACCGAGCCUCUCCUUCGCGAGAUGUCUCGCCGAGGUGUCGACAUGACUCCAUACAUCGCCAAUACUCUCAUUCACGGAUGGGCCAAUGAGCUCAAUAUUGACAAGGCAAAGCACGUCUUCGCCUCCGUCAGCCGCGAGAUGAGAGAGCCAAGCACUUACGAAGCCAUGACCCGCGCCUAUCUUGCCGUCGAAGACAGACUCGGCGCCAAGGUCGUCGUUCAGGAAAUGCUAGGUCGAGGAUACCCUGGAGCCGUCUCCAACAAGAUUCUCGAGUUGCUCGGAGGUGGCCACGCUGAGAAUGCCGCCUAG